GGUGGUCGUAUUGUAUGUGCCUCAAACGCGGAUAUUUUGGUUUUUCUCUCACUUGAUGUGGCUUCGAUGCCUUUUAAAGUGUGUCAAGUUGCACAUUUUUAUUUCCACUCUUGUUUAUACAAAAAAAGUGUAACAGCUGACGUGAAGAGUUCAUUUUUACUGUUUGUUUGUUUUAUGUGAAGACUGAAAGACGCCAUGAGAACUGUGGCAGAAAAGAUGCUAAGGACCUGCAACUUAUUGUUCACAAGAAAGACCCCAAACAGCGAUGUCGAGGCCCACCCAUCCAACAUCGAAACAGCCGCCCAGAUGGAGAACAUCCAGCACCUGCAUGACAUGGAGGCGACACGGGAGUACGUGCACCACGUGGGGGCGGUGGCCGAGCGCGCCCACCACGGCGGCGGCUGCCUCCUGUCGGGCAUCGUGUGCAUCAACGUCCUCAUUCUGGGCUGCGCGCUGGUCAGCAGCAGCGCCUUCAACAGCGUGUCUGUCACGGCUGUGCACCGCCAGGUCUUCCUUAUUGUCCUCCUUACCCUCACCAUGCUCUGGAUGCUCUUCUACACCGCUGUCACCCAUUGCAAGAACAAAGACCUCAUGACUCAGGACAGUCACGCGGGGCCGGUGUGGCUCAGAGCUGGACUUGUGCUGUUUGGCCUGCUCGGUCUGCUCAUGGAUAUCUUCAAGAUGGCCAACUACAUUGGCUACGUCCACUGCGACUCUGCUGUCAAAGUUGCCUUCCCUGCCGUGCAAGCAGUGUUUUUAUUAUUCCAGACUUACUUCCUGUGGGUCCACGCGAAGGACUGCGUGCAGCUCCACACAAAUGUGACACGGUGCGGCCUCAUGCUCAUGCUAUCCACUAACCUGGUGGUGUGGAUAGCGACCGUCACCGAGGAGUCAAUUCACCAGAUGGACACUCCCUAUCUGAAUGCCAGCUUCUCGCCCAAGAUGUACAGAGACAGUUACGACCAAGGAGUCAAUUGCAGCUGCAGUCACUCUGCAUGCAGCACCUUCAAGGAGGCCUUCUACUAUCUCUACCCCUUCAUCAUCGAGUACAGCCUCUUUGCCUCGGCCAUGGCCUACGUCAUGUGGAAGAACGUGGGCCGCCUGAUGGAUGACGAGGGACAACGCAGGGCCAAGUUCCAUCGCAAGGAGGUGCUCGCAGGCCCCGCGCUGGGCCUCCUCCUCGUCGCGGUGGGCCUGGUGACCUUCGUCGUAUACGAGGUGGAGAUCACCCUCGAGGACCAUGCCGUGCGUCGCAGUGCCCUGCUCAUCCAUUUCAUUAUGAACAUCGUGAUCGUGAGCCUCAUGUGCGUCUUCACCGCGGCGGGAUGCGUCAUAUACCGACUGGACCGCCGCCGGCACGUGUCAGAGAAGAAUCCCGCUCGCAGCUUGGACGUGCAGCUGCUGGUGGGGGCCUCCAUGGGCCAGUUGAUCAUCAGCUACUUCUCUAUCGUGGCAGUGGCGGCCACGGGGGCUCAGGACCACCUGGACGCCCUCAACUUGUCAUGGGCCGUCCUCAUGGUGCUGCAGCUGUGCCUGCAGAACUACUUCAUCAUUGAGGGCCUCCAUCGUGAGCCCUUCCACAUCAUGCAGGAGGACGCCCAGCAAACCAACGCGCGCAGCGAGGUGAGCGAGGUUGCCAGGAGGCAGAAGUCAACCCGCAGGCUCAUGGCGGGUGUGCGGCCAAACUGGAAGAGGAGAAUGCUGAAGGAACUGUGCGCCUUCCUGAUGCUCACCAACAUCAUGCUGUGGAUCAUGCCUGCCUUUGGGGCUCGGCCUCAGUUCGACCACACCGUGGAGAUCAAGUUUUACAAGUUCACCAUGUGGACGGCCGUCGUCAACAUCGGACUCCCUUUUGGAAUCUUCUACCGCAUGCACUCGGUGGCCAGUCUCUUCGAGGUGUAUAUCCUUUCCUAGUUCUCACACCUCGCAUGUGCAGCAGCUUUUAAAAAUGUUCAUAAUCUUAAUUUGUAAUAAUAAAAUUGGAACAUGAA